AUGACAACACCGCCGAAUUUUAACAGUGUGGCUAUGUUACCUGGUGCGUCGUAUUUCUAUCCAACAACGGCAUCACAAGCAUCACCUAAAUGGCUUACCGAUGGAAAUCAUAAUCAUUAUCAUCUUCAUCAUAAUUAUCAUCAACCGAAUUCGGAUGAUCAAAUCCCACGAAUUGUUAGUUCGAGUGGUUUUCGAACUUUACCAGCAACCGAUCAUCUUAAAUAUUCUGCCGAUGUUCGAUGGCCUUCCGAAUUUGCUUAUUCGAUACCAGGUAUUCAUCCAGCUGCAGCUGCAGCAGCAGUCGCUUCAGUUACUCCGUCUGCAUCUGAAGCAUAUCCCACUGAUCCAUUUCCAUCUACUUCAAUGGCACAAUUAUCCGGUAACUGUUGCUUGAGUCGCUUUGAUAAUACCGGAAGUUGUUAUUAUCCAAAUCCUGUCCUAGCAUCUCCGUAUACUACUCCAACAGCUAAUGAACAUUUUGCCGCUGCGGAACAUAUUGCUCAUUGGAAGGUUCCAACUCUUGCUUAUGCAUCAUUAAAUGGCAAACGAUCAGCGACAAUUCGCCUCCAACAACAGCAAUCUACUUCACCACCAUAUCGUACAGGUCCCGGUACUAAUAAUGUAAGAGUGCGAACAAGUGAAAAGUAUCGUAUGGUAUAUAGUGAUUAUCAACGAUUAGAAUUGGAGAAAGAAUUUCGUACAUCACAAUUUAUUAAUUCCGAACGUAAAUCACAACUUUCAUCAGAAUUGCAACUUACUGAAAGACAAAUUAAAAUAUGGUUCCAAAAUAGGAGAGCAAAAGAUCGUCGUGAAAAUAAGAAGACGAGAAUGGUGUGA